AAAUAAUAUAGAAAUGAUGUUGAGAAGUCUUUGGAGAUCCCCAGUCUAUUCUUUUUCAUAUUACUCUAACUUGGAUCUAAGUUGUCCAUAUCCAUCGUUUCAAGCUAGAGAUCUUACGACUACUCAUACAAUGCAUUAUAUUACUAAACCUCCAUGUGAUCCUAAAAUCAUGACAUUUGGAGCAUUUCACACUGAUCACUUAUUGGAGAUUGAUUGGUCUGAGAAGAUGGGUUGGAGCCGACCCCAAAUUGUGCCAUUCAAAAGUUUCAGCAUUCAUCCAUUUUCAGCUUGUUUACAUUAUGCAAUCGAGUGUUUCGAAGGUGCCAAAGCCUACAAAGGAGCCAACAAUUCAAUUCGAACAUUCAGAUUGAAUUGUAAUAUGUACAGAAUGAAACAAUCUGCUAAGAGAUUGUCAUUGCCAGAUUUUGAUGGCACAGAAUUGUAAAGAUGCAUCGAAUAACUAUUAAAAGUGGAUAGAGAUUGGAUUCCGGAUAGACCUGGAUUUAGUUGUUACAUUAGACCAACAUUGAUGGCAACAGAAGAGGCAUUGGGAGUCAGAGCAUCAAGCAGAGCAAAAUUGUUUGUUGCAUUGUGUCCUGUUGGUCCUUAUUUCCCUUCUGGUUUAAAGCCUGUUCGAGUGUUCUGUAACACAUCAACAAUUCGAUCUGCUCCUGGAGGAGUGGGAGGAUUCAAAGUAGCUGGUAACUAUGCUCCAACAGUUUUACCUCUGAAGGAAGUCUAAAAGAUUGGAUUCCACCAAAAUUUAUGGAUGUUGCCAGAUGGUCUGGUAUAAGAGAUGGGAGUUUGCAAUUUGUUCUUCUUUUGGAAAAAUAAAGAAGGAGAGAGAGAAUUAGUUACACCAAUACUAGAUGGAACCAUUCUACCUGGAAUUUUGAGAGAUUCCAUUCUGGAACUCACAAGAGGCAUGGGAAAGUUUAAGGUUACUGAGAAGAAACUGUAUAUCUAGGAAGUUGUGGAAGCUAUUGAGGCUGGCAGAAUGAUUGAAAUGUUUGGAUCUGGCACAGCUGUUAGUAUUCAACCAAUUGAGGCCAUCGGAUUCAAUGACAAGAUCUAUGAGGUUUAAUAUGAUCCAAAAUUAAAUGCAGGAGAACUUUCACAUGAAUUGUUUGAUAUCCUAACAAACAUUUAGACUGGUGGUGGGGAACAUAAAUGGGUUAGAUAAAUAUGA